AACAGUACCCUUUUUACAUCAGCGUGGCAACGCAAUUUUUGGGUGAAAAAUUAUUGAAAUCGUUGUAAAAGUGCAAAAAAACAGCAGUGCUGUGCAUCGAAAUAGCUCGAAAUCAGUGCAAUUACACAUUUAACAAGCAACAACAAAGCAAGCUUGCUGCCUAUUUCUUCUCCCCAAGCCUGAAAGUGUCACCGCCAAGACGUACGUGCGAAAAAUGUUUUGGGACAAGGGUUAUGCGCCCUCAGCGAACAUAGAGGCGCUGCUAGAGAAAGAGAAUUCCACGGUGGAGGAAUUUCUCGACGAGGAGGAAAUACUGCAGGAAUGCAAAACGCCAAAAAAGAACCUCGUCAACUAUUUAACACGGCCCGAAGUAAUUAGACGACUUGUCGAACUAAUCACAACGGAACCCUCGGAGGAUGUGCCGCUGGCGCAGCGUUUUCGCUAUGCAAACAUGUCAUGUGAGAUACUAACACUCGGCCUGCCGUCCCUGGAUGAAAAGCUGCUGUCCGAUGCGAAUACACUGCAGUUGCUGUAUUCAUAUCUGGAAAAGGAACCACCGUUAAAUCCAUUGCUAUCAUCGUUUUUUAGCAAAACGUUUAGCAUGCUCUUUACCAAAAAGCCUGAACAAGAUUGGUUUUUGUAUCAACAAAUGUGCCUACAACUUUUGGAAUAUAUUAAAAUGCAGACGAAUUUUUUGGAUUUAAUUUGUAAACACUUCGACACACCGGUCAUACCUGAUUUAAUAAUGCAAAUGAUGAAGCUCAUCGAUGGUGGUCAGCUAAAGCGCAACCUAUACGAAUGGCUAACUGAAGAUAAAAUUGUAGAGAGACUGAUUGCAAUAUUGCGUAAUCCUCAAGAAACCGAUAAACAUGCAAAUGUUGCGGACUUUUUCUGUGAUCUUAUUAACCAAGGUCGUCUAAUGCGGCAAACCGAACAGGAGAACGAUUCAUUCGAGCCGGCCUUUGAUGGCUCCAAUCCCAUAUUGAGAAAUAUUGAAUCCGUACAGACAAUAGAAGCCUUGUUAAAUGUGAUUUUGGAACCAAACGCUCUAGAGAGCGCCAUCUUAUCAGGAAUAUCGGUUGUACUUACGCUAAUCAAACCCAUAAAGUUCACUGAUGAGCCCAACUCUGAUCGCCAGCGUUUGUUGCAGAAACGCGAGCGUGAAUUUCAUUUGGAAGUGCAGGAGACUGUGAUUACAGUGAUGGCGCCACGCCUCAAGGAAUUUGUGCAUGUGCUCAAGAAUCCACCAGCGAAACCGAGUUUGGAGACUACGGCAGCGGUGCUGACACCUCCAUUUGGUAAGACACGUCUGCAGGUGUGUCGCGUCUUUACCGCAUUGUUGGAGACGAAGCACGAGACCAUUCAACAGGCUAUUUGUGCCACGGACUAUUUUGCCUUGCUGCUGGACUAUUUCAAGGAAUACUGCUGGAACAACUUUUUGCACAGCGAGAUGGAGAAGGCAUUGCAUUUGGCCUUCUAUAACGAGUUGUCAAACAACAAUACCACCUCAACUGAGUGCACCGACAUUUAUCAGGAUGAUUGCCUAUUUGAUUGCCUAAUGAAAAGCCCAGCGGCUAUAAACUUCUCGACCGAUGUGCAAGCGAAAAAUUUCGCAAAUGAUGCAAAGCGCGCUGAGGGCGGUAAUGAUGGAAAAGACCAGACAAUUGAAGCGGCAUCAGAAUCGGCGUCAGCUGAACAAGAGGCAACUGACACUGAUCAGCAGAAUGAGAAUGCAAAUGCAAAUGCAACGGCAGAAGAAGGGGAGCCCAACCAGGAGAACCAUAUUAAAAGCAAUGAUGAAGAAGGUGCUGAAGCAGCGGCCGCUGGAGCUGCUGAUGAUGCUCAAGCUCAACCAAAUCCGUCGACCGAAGGGCCGCCAGCACAGAAUGAUUUGGAUAAGACUAAGACGCCAAACAAUAACCUGCCCACAGAGAUGCAAACAUAUCUGAUUGUCAAAUGCCAACUGGUAUCCAAAUUGGUCAAUUACUGGCGUCACAAUACAGAAGCGCAAUCUGCCGAAAAGGGUCGACGACUAGGCUAUAUGGGCCACCUCAUCAAAAUUCUUAAACAUAUUACGAAUUGUAUAUCAGAAUCUGAACAUAUCGCUGCCUUGAUUGCCUCUAAUUUUGCGGAUGAGUCGGAGCUAAAGCUUUGGCAAUCGCUGAUCGAUGCCGAUGAAGGUGAAUUCACGAAAGCAGUGUCACAACAGAGUAAACUGUUGGCCAACUGCAAUCCACACGAGGACAAUGAGUACAGUGCUGGCAACUCGAAAGAUUUUCUGGGCGAAAACACUUGGGAUAUUAAUACAGCAUCGAUCACUAAUGAUGGUUAUAGCGAUCUGGAUAACACACUGCAGGACAUUGUAUUUACCACGGACAACGAUCAGUUUAUGUUUCAAUUUGGCCAGAAUAUCGACGAUGAUGACGACGAUGAUGAUGAGAACGGUGGCAGUGGCGGCGAUGGUCUCGGUCAUCAUGGUCAUGGUAUGUUUACUAAGAAUUCCAUCACCCUCAAUAAUCUGGCGGCUGAUCCCUGGGAGAUGGACGUACAGUUUGCUGAUAUUACUGGUGCCUCUACGGACGUGAAUACUGAUAAUGCCAGUACUGGUAAUUGGGGAGCUGAUUUCAACAGUGACAACUUCGCCGACUUCGAUGCGCAUUUCAGCACCUUUGGCAGUGAUUUGGGCAUGCCGCAUACACAACCCCCUCCUUCCGAUGCAUCACAAUCGACCGAAGCCAACGAUCUAUCCGCCAAGACCAAUAGCGAUGAACAGCAACGGGCAACGCUUAACGAGGACGAUGUGUCCAUGACUGCAACCAUAAAAGACGACCACCAGGCAGAGUAUGACAACAAUGCCAAUGUGGAGAAAGCCGCCAGCGAUAAGUUUAACGAGCUAAACGAUCUCGACACUGCUGCAACAGCAGCUUCGGCUGCCACAUCCAUCGUUAGUAGGUUGCAGUCGGUGCUGCUCGCUGGCGAGGAGGACUACGAAGAUGAUGAAGGCAUGUGGACAAAGCCAUUGGGUGGCAAUAGUAGUCUAUCUUCGAUGGCAACCGAUCAACAGCCUGCUUCAAUUUCAAAUGGACCCAGUAAAAUUAAUGAAUUCAAUCAUGCCAACGACAACAGCACCAGUAACGAUGCUCGCGACGAUAGCAACAUCACAGCCGGAUCGGAGCAGGAGCAACAGCAGCAGCUGCAGCAGAAGUCUGAUAGUAUAAACGCAGCGGCUGCUAAAACCUUUGCUGAAAAUGCAACAACGACAACAUAAAUGUGCCGACACAUACACCCAACACACACACACACAUGUACAGGCACAUUGACACAACCACAUAUAUACAUACUACAUCAGCGAUUGCAAUUUGUAUAGCAUAAAAUAUGUCAAAAAGUUGUAAACUUAAAAGCCUUUGAUUUGCUCUUUGGUCAUCUCUUAUACAUAAUCAUGCAUACAUAUUUACAUACCUAAUUGAAUAUAUAUACAUAUACACUACACUACACUACAUACUACUACUAUACGUACAUACUAUAUAGCAUUGAUGUACAUAUAUGUACACCUCUAUAUACACAUAUAUAGUAUAUAUAUAAUGUACACAUAGGUUGAAAAUGACAACAAACGAUUGUGUAUUUGUAAAGCCCGAGCCCGCCCAAUUCAAUAGCAAAACAAAAACAUAGUGAAAGUAAAAUGAUGAUGAAGAUGAUGAUGGUGAUGUUGAUGUUGAUGAUGAUAAUGAAUUGGAAAAUAUGUUGUAGAUUCCUGCUAUUCCUCGCUCAUCGUAUUGCCAAUUUCCUAUUUAUUAAAAUAAGCUGUAUUCUGUUUUUGUAUCUUUAUUAGUUUCUUCUACAAAACUCUACAAUACUCUCAAUGUGUUAGACAACAAAUGAGCAUUACUAAAAGUACCAGCAUAUUAUAAAUUUUUGUAAUUGUUCUUAGCUUGAUCUGAAUAUACUGAUGUACUACAAUACGUUUAUUAUUUUUGUAAUGUUUAAUUGGAGACUUGUAUUUAUUGUAUGUAUUUUGAAACAAAACCAAAAAGCGCUAAAAAUCUAUACAACAAGCAUACACAUACAUAAUAUACACUCAUUCACACACACACACACUUACACAUGCUGCAAGCACAAUUAGUAUAUUUAUGUAUAUACUAUUAUGUCCCUUAAUCUUAUUCUUUUGUUUUACCAAUUGAGUUUCACCAAAAAAUGUAUUCAACGUCGAAAGUACAAAACUGAGAACUAAACAAAAAAAAAAAAAACGAAAAAGAAAAAGAAAAAAACGACAACAGCAAGCAUUUUUGCCACGACACGGAUAAUCUGAGCAUAAAACAUAUACAAUUAUAUGUGAAUCGCAUAAACUAUAUCCUUUUUAUACUUUUUUAAUCGAAAUGAAAUAUGCAAAUCAUUUAGACUUUCCAAGAAGACAUUUUAUUCGUACCAUAUACAUAUUUAUCUAUAUAUAUAUUGUAUAAUUUUAAACAGCUUUGUUGUUGCGUUUGAUAUAUAUUUAAAUUUGUCGCCUGAGAAAUGUUUGUGUUAAAACGAAAUGAUAAACCAUUAUGCCAUCUUUUGCUUCCAAAUAAUUACAAUUAUAUUUACGUUAAACAAAAAAAUAAAAACAAAAUUACUUAAAAAGUUAAAUUGACGUUUAUUUUCCAUCAUUAUUUCACAUCCCUUGCACAAUAAUUUCAAUUAAUUGUAAUACAUAUACAUAAAUAAUACAAAAUAAAUGGAAGGUCAAUAGUUGAGGACGCAACAUAUCAGCUAAAUCGCUAGACUGCGUUCUUGCAAUGUUUUAGUAUAUAGAUCGCGGUAAACUCAAACAAAAAAGAAAAUAAUCCCAAUAACAAAAGAUUUAACGCUAAUCUUCGUUAUAGACAAUUGCAAGGGAUUUGAAUAAAACAAGAAAAAUGAUUAAAAUUAAAUCUAUUAUAAACACAAGGUAUGCAAAACUUUAGUCGUAAGUUUGAGGACUUGUUCAAUAAAAAGACGAGGCUUUUCUUAAAAAUGUAUGCUCGAUUACAAAAAAAAAAAAUAACAACAAAAAACUUAAAAUACAAAAGUAAAAAAAAAAACAAAAAACAAAACGCUUGCACAAAUUUCAAAUCGCUUGCUUUUAUUUUUGCAAACAAAUGUAUAUGAAACAUAAAAAGAAUGUUAAAACUAUCUCUGAUGAAAACUGUGAUAAUUAAAUGAAGUUGCAGGGUAUUUGAUAAAAAUGAAAAACAAGAAACAAAACAAGAAACACAGAUUUAAGUUAAACGCAUUGUCAAAUGUAUCUUAAACAAGAAACAAAGAAAAAAAAAGAAAUCAAUUUUUGUUGUUGGCACACAAAAAUACACGCAUACUUUCACACACACACACAUCACCACUAAUUAAAUACACAAUACAACAAAACAGCAAUAAUUACUGCAAUAAUGUCUCACGUUGAAUGAGUCGUCGGCCCACGGAAUAGAGAAAUUCUCACUUAUCAGAGAUUGAGUCAAUGUAAUAAACGAUUAAAAAUACUUCAGUUGAUUGAAAUGAACUAGCAUAAAAUAUAAAAACCAAAAAAAUACUCAAUUUAACUCGAUGUAAUAGUAUAUAGUAUAUAUACUACAUUUAGUAUACAAAUAUGUUCUUGUGUUGUCUUCCCUACAUAUUGAAUGAUGUAUAUUUGUUUAUUAUCCAACAACCGAAUCCUUCCCUUGUGCAAAAUGCCUUACCUAAUGCAUUGUAAACUUCAAUGAUAACUGUCGAAUUCAAUCGGAAAGGGUUAACAUACGUAUAAAAAUUGUUGUAAACCAUUUAACCAUAUUUGUAUUUGUAUUUGCAUAUGCAUACAUAAGUAUGGGUAAGUAGAAAUGUAGUUUUACUACAUACUGUGUGUCUUUUAUAUAAUAAGCAAGCAUUCAACUUGGACACUGAAAGUAUUACACUUAAGCUGAUUUACUAAAACUUAAAUUCAAAUACAAAAAGAAAACAAAAUAAUUCAUUUGAAAUAAACAAAACAAAAAAUUGUAGACAAAGUCUUGUGCGCAGCUUUAAGCAGUUUGUUUAAGGGCAUACAAAAAUAAUUAAUGAUACUUGUAAUAAUUCAUAAUUAUUAUUAACAAUAAGAAUGCAAAAUACCAAACGUCCAAUAUGUUGCAUGGAUCCCAUGCAAACAAACUAACAACAAUUGUGAACAUUAAAGUCUUCAACAAAAAAAAUACAAAGAAAAAUACGAAAAAAAAAACAUAAUGACACAAUCUUAUAUAUAGACAUACAUAUAUAUACAAGUAUAUGCAUGCAUUUUAUUAUUAACAAUUGCAUUACAAAUUAAGAGUGAAAAAAAACAUAUAAUAAAACUUGACGUACAUUCUUGUCUGUGUGUUCAGCAGUUCAGUAUUUCAACUAAGCCAACUUAAUAAAAAUCCAAAAGCCCAAAAAACACAAAUAAAAACAAAAAUAUUCUUAAACAAAGGUUUCCAUUGCAAACCAAAAAGUGAAUUAAUACAUUUAAUACGUAGUUAUGAAUGAAAAUGCUUAAUAAACUAACUUCUAAAGAACAACAAAAAUAACAAGCGGGAACAACAACGAUGAGCACGCAACUGUAAUAAAACCAAAACUUCAUGAUACGAAUAAAAACCAAAAAACAAAAAAAAAAUACACAAACCUAUACACAUCUAACAUAUUAAAUGAAUUUUCUUAAGAUGACCCCUAAAAUACAAAUAAAUACAAAAAUAUUUUGUUAAUGUGAGAGAAAUGAGAAAACAUUUGAAAUUUGUAAGCGAAAAAAAAACAAAAAAAUUUUAUAUUAUAAUACCUAAAAACUAUAAUUAGUAAAUAGUGAAUAAUGAAUCGAACCCAAGUGUGCUUCAUGUAAGAAUUUACGUUACGAUUUUUACAAUGCAAUAAAUAAAAUUUCAAUAUUUCAAUAUCCCCCCAAAAAAAAAAAGUAAGCGGUAUACUACAUGUAUAGUAUGUAUUCCUAAUUAAAUGUCUUAACUAUAAUUACGAUUGGUGUCUAUUAAUAAUACAUACAUACAUAUAUAUUAUAGUAUAUACACGUAUACAACACUUAUAUUAAAAUAACGAGUAGAGACUUGAAGAAAGCAACAAACAUACAAAACACGAACGUAUCGUCAAUAUAUCCAAAUUACUUACCAAAAUCAUAAAAACAAUUUCAAAAUGUAUGUAAUUGCUUUUCGGUGAUAAAUGCACACACUCACACACACACUCACAUACACACAUAGAUCACAUAGCUUGCUAUAAAGAAUUUGCUUUAGUUCUCGUUGUUUGAUUUAUCAGACGAAACUAUUUGAAACAACCCCCAAGGGACACUCCGGAAUAGUAAUUCCUUGAGGUAGUGCCUUAAACUUUGUAGGAGUGUGUAAAAACCAAAACCAAAAACAAAAUAAAUAAAUAAAAUAAAAA